CAAUCUCAUAGCAAAUACUUCUAUAGUUACAGAGCAAACACUUAGACAUUACCUAAUAACAUGAGAUACAGAAGUUAUAAGUGAGAUAAUGCAGGCAACAGCUUACAAGCAUUUCAUAACGUCCAAACGCUAAACACAUCUCUAUAAACGUAGUACCUAUUUUGAGUAUACUAACAGACAGCUGAGCCAGCCUGGUUUCCAGCUAUGCAUUGUCAGUGUUCAGUGAGGCCUGGGGGACUUGGCAUGAGGUUGGCACCUGGUCUGCCAGUGUCAGAGGGAUCCCUGGGCCUAGGGUUAAGAUUAGGUCAGGAGUGAUCCCUGUUUAGGAGUUAGAUUUGCAAAGGGUGGGGCACCCCAGCCUAGGGCUAAGGUUGUAGAGUAAAGGGCACCCCCAGUCUAGAGUUUAGGUCAGUAGAGAUCCAGCGUAGGGUUGCAAAGUGUUGGGCUCCUCAACUUGGGCCUAGAAUUGGGAUCAGCAGGGCUUCUCGGCCUGCAGUUAAGGCUGGAGUCAGUAGGGCUCCCCAUCUGGGUUUAGGGUUAUAAAGAAUAUGGUUUCCUGUCACAGGGUUAGGGGUCGUGUUAGGAGGCUUGUCCAUACUAGGGUUCGGGUUACAAAAGGAAGGGCUCCUUUUCCUUAGGUGGUUAUUUAGGUCAGUAGGGCUCUCCGGCCUAGGGCUAGGGUGAAGGGGAUUCAUUGACUGGGGCCGGCCGGCCAACCAAACCCGCUGGCUGGAAUUCACUGGGCGGACUGCACAGACCUCACCUGUUUGCUGCUUAACAGUGUCACACCCUCUUGAACUUUCUCUUCAAAGCUCUUUUCAGUGUUCCCUUAUGGUACUUGUUAACUAUUGGUCUUGUGCCCGGGCUUGGCCACACUUAAUACCCAGCUGCUGCUCCACUGUAGCACUUCAGUGAAGACCCAACCUACCCUCUUCCCUUGCUGUUACUGAGGGACUCCUGGUUAACUUUGUUUUCUCCACUGACUAAUCGGCUUAAAUUCAGCUGGUCACCAUGUCUGGUCUGAGAUCGCAGGUGGAUGGGGACACCGGGGUGGUGGACGCCAACCCCACGGAAGCACUCUGGCCCAGAGGAGGCCCAAUCGACCAAGUUUGGGGCAGAACUGCCCAGCAGAGGAGGGGCACGUAAGGUGCCUCUUCUCGUGGCUUAGCCUUCUGGCCCGGUCACAGUUAGUCCCAGUCCUUCUGAGAUAACAGUACAGUGAAAACAAACGUCUGAGCCCUCUGCCUGCACUGCUGCCCUUCAUUCUGGGCCCUGCAGUCCAGUUCCCCUUUUGAGGGCCUGCACAGCACCCUGCCAGUGGUUGGUAGGAGAACCCAGGUCUUUGUCCUAUGCUGGAAUCCACUCCAGGAACCCUAGGGCAGGCAGCCAUGGGUCACUCCACCAGUGCUGGUACUUCCCUGGGCGACUUCCUACUGAGACUUUCCCUGGGCUUUCUCCUCACCCUGCAGUUGUCUCCCCAUUCCUAUGAGUCUCCUCACUCCCUGCUAUCCACAGAGUGAUUGCAGGGUUUCUCCCUGCCACCCUUCUGCUUUAAACUUCCUCUGCUUGUAGCACACCCAGCCACCCCCGCUGGGUUUCAUCAUUAAUUAGACAAGGAUGAUCCUCCAGGAGCCACUGGGCAGGUUCCCCAUGUGUGGGGGGUAGGUAUCCCAUCACAAGGGCAUAGGAGUGGGUCAGUGAAUCCAGUCCCCUGCGCUCACAGGUAGCCCUGUCAUGAAUCCCCAUCAUAAACGUAUCCAGCUCCAUCCUAAAGCUAGUGGGGUCGUUUGCCCCACUGCUCCUAUGGGGAGGCUGUGCCAGGCCCUCACUCCUCUGAUGGACAGAAGCCUUCUGCUCACUGCCCAGCCUACAUUGAUUCAUGGCCAUUUUAUCCCCAUUGGUCCUUGUGCCAACAUUGUCCUUUACAUUUAAUAGCUCUUCUUCCUCCCCGGGGUUUACCCCUCUCUGCUGUAUUUGCACAGCUGCCCCUCAGCCUGCAUUUUGCUAGGCUGGACAAGCCAAGCUGUUUUCCUCUCCUCGGACUAUCCGUUCCCCUGCGCAGCCUCAUCGACGUGCUCUUUACCAGUUUUGGCUGAAUCCACCUGGCUCAGACAUGAAGCUCCAAGGAGAUCUGAGCCUGGUUUGAACACUCAGGAUGCUGUCCAGCCCUUGAGAUGUCCUCUGGUGCCUAAUUGGCCAAGUCCCUCCUCUCGGCAAUAAAGGCGAAACACCGGGGAGUCUUGCCUGCAUACGAGGCCAGCAAGCCUCUCCCAGCUAGCUCUAGAGGUGACUGUGAAAGGUAAGGAACUUGUUUUCUUCUCACGUCUGGCAGGUGUGAUAAAAAGAAAGGGACCGUUCAGCAAAUGCAUCUGACUGCCAAAUGGGGACUGACUGACUCCCAGCAGUACUUGAAGCAGAGCAUGUGCAGUGGGUGUCUGGCAUGAGAGGGGGUGGACGGGUUUGUGCUGAGCGCUUGCCUGGGUUGCAAACCCAAGGUAACCUUUCAAGAGACAAAGCCUUAGUGUGUGUGGGUCAAGAAGUAAAAAGCAGCCUGCCAGCUGCUCUGAAAGGCUCCGAUGCUGCCUAUCAUUUGAACCACUGAGGCAGGGCAUAGGAAGCGAGUUCUGGAGUGGGCUGCAGUGUGGGGCAGGGAGACGCCACGUGAGUGUGGCGGAGAGAGCCCUUAAAGUGUUCAAAGAUCAAAAGUAGCUUUCACAAUUCUCUGGGGAAAGAGGUUCUCCUUGUCCCCACUGAGUUUGUUAAUGUGUUCCCCUGUCUUUCCCACAUCGUUCCCCACUUCUGUCAGGCUCCAGCCUUGUCUGCUUGGGGGUCACCCUGAGCUGCUCAGUCCUGGUGAGAGCUGGGGCAGACGGACUAGCUGUGCUGCUAGUGCCCAUCUAGCUGAAAAAAGUUGUUGUAACUUGAGAGAUUUUUGGGCAGAGCAGGUUCCCAAAACCUCCAUGUCACCCCAUUCUGUAUUAGACAAAUCGGAGUGUGCCAGUCAAUUCCCAAAGGAGUUCCUUUGUGGAGGGGGAGGGAGAGGAAGUGGUAGAUUCGCUGGGUCAUUGCUCUUUCACCAGGUAAUGGCAUGUUUGCCUAGCUCAAAGUAAGCCACACCUCUGAUUUUUGUGAUACAGGGAACUUGUUUCCACACAGUAUCAGUGAAAUUUACUGGGGCAGAAAAAGAAUGUUCUCACUAUAAAUCUUGGCAAUUCAUCCCUGGACGAUCAAGGACAGGGCGUUUCUUUAAACUCUGCCGGCAAGUUCAGAUCUCCUGUGAUUUCCGUGAAUCAUAAUUGGAGGUUCCAAGCUACUUAUUUACGUUUUUCAGUCUGUGCAGGAAGUCUGAGCUAAUAUAGGUGGAGAGAUGGGAUUAUAAUUGCCAUGGUGAGUCUGAGUUCCUGCUGCCUGCUUUGGGUGUGGAGGGAGUUUUUUGUUGGUGGUGCGGCUGUACCAGGUCUGGGAAGGAGAAUCCUGUCUUCGAAGCGUGUUGCCAGGAGUGCUGAUGUGCCAGAGCCGCGGCCAUGCUGCAGCAGAUCCUGGCAGACAUGUACAUCGAUCCUGAGCUGCUGGCAGAGCUCAGUGAGGAGCAGAAACAGAUCCUUUUCCUCAAGAUGAGGCAGGAGCAGGUCAGACGGUGGAAGGAGACAGAAGCUGCCACAGACAAGAACUCAGCGAAGAAAGUGACCCAGAGGAAAGCACAUGGGAAGUCGGUGAAGUGGAAGCUCGGUGCGGACAGCGAAGUCUGGGUCUGGGUCAUGGGCGAGCACGCGUCGGAUAAGCCUUACGAUGUGAUCUGUGAGGAAAUCCAGGCACGGAGGACUCAGCAGGAAGCAGGGGAAGCUAGAGGAAGUCAAACAUUCCUUGAACCGGCUGCACCACGGUCCCUGCAUUCUCAGCCAGGAGCCCUGGGUGGGGCAGAUGCCAAAAGGGAGGAGGAAGAAACUGGAGAGAGGGAGAAGGAAGAUGUGAUAACAGCUGCUAAAAAGGAGAGAAGCUGGGAUUGUGCUCAGGCUGCUCCCAGUAAAGGCAGAGACGUGCAGCAGAUGUUGGCUGAUUCCAAGGCUCAGACGAGGAAGUACAACUUUCAGCAGGGGAAGGAUUUAGCAAGGAGGAGUCCAGGAGGGAUGAGAGCAUCUGCGGAGAGGGCGCUGCACACUAACACUGUCCGGAAGGAGGCCCAGGAGUCAGGGCAGAAAUCGGACAAGGACGAUCCCGAGUGGCAGGAAUCCUUGAGGAAAUCCAAAGCCGCUGAUGAGAGGAGACGCUCCAUGGCAAAGCAGGCCAGGGAGGACUACAACAGGCUGUCGCUACAAGGGAUCUGCAAAGGGAAGGUAGCUGAAGUUUCCAAGAAUUUUGGGAGCAAGGAGUGCAGCUUGCCCCCCCGUCCUUCCCUUCCACCCAAGCCUAAAACCCUAAACUCUGGGGUAGCCAAUGGGAGGCCCCACAGGAAUCCAGGCGUGCAGAGGACCAUCUCCACUUCCACCCAGGAGAGCAUCAUCAGGUGGUUUAAAGAAGAGCAGUUUCCUCUUCGGGCUGGUUAUGAGAAAUCCACAGACAGGAUAGCACCCUGGUUCCAUGGUAUCGUAACCCUCAGGCAAGCAGAGGAGCUCCUGAGCAAAUCGGUGCCCGGGAGCUUUCUGGUCCGGGUCAGUGAGAAAAUCAAAGGCUACGCACUCUCCCUUCUGUCCCCGGAGGGCUGCAAGCACUUCCUAAUAGAUGCCUCCAGGAACUCCUACAGCUUCCUGGGAGUGGACCAGUUGCAGCAUUCGACACUGGCCGACCUUGUCGACUACCACAAGGAGGAGCCCAUCACUUCUUUGGGGAAGGAACUGCUGCUUUACCCAUGUGGCCAACAGGGCCCGGAACCUGACUACCUUGAUCUCUUUGAGUGAAAGCCUCUGUUCCCACCUUGUGGCACACACCCGGGCCUUCCCCUGAACGAACAGAUGAACGGACCCCCUCCUCCGCACAAGUGUCCAUAUCUGAAAAUGUUUCGCAGCAAAGCAGCGAAAAGGCGAUUACUGCUGGGCGCUGCUCUCUGUUCGCAGCAGCAGGCCGCAGCAUUCAGCAGCCUAGCAAGCCAUGAAGGAGCGCUAGCAGCUUCAACCUUAUUGUUGUAGGGUUAGCUCAGGAAUGAACCUGUUGAAGGAAGAUACUGCCACGUGUUAGAGUGAUAGUUUGUAUAAAUGACUCUGGGCUGUCUCUGAUUAAGCUGCAUUUUGCCCUCAACUGCUGCAGCACAAAUUGCCAUUAAAGGGAUGUUGUGGGAUGUUUGCCAGAGAUGCAGUGAAAUUGGUAUUUUAAACUCAGAAAGGGGUCGCCUCUGUUCAAAGGGGGUGAAGCCACAUCAAGAAGGGGACUUGGCCCCUAGUGGUAAGGUGCAUAAUUGCAGAUCAGUCCUGCAAGAGGCUGAAUACUCUGGAGUCAGUGGGAGUAGAGGUCAGUCAAUGUGCUGUAGCAUUGGGUCCACUAUAAAAUCCACCCCAUGCAUAGGGGCCAGCACAAGACCUGUGCAGUGCAUGAACCCACAUAAUCCCGUAAUAUAGGGCUUCAGUGGGGCUUACUCGGUGACUAAGCUUUGUGCUGGCCCCUCUGCAUCGGGGGAGGAGGAAUGAUGCCCUUUGGAGAUGGAGGGAAACUGCAAGUUUGUUAAAUAAAGAAACCAAGUUGGAAUCUGGCUGAGAAGUUUUAACUCUUGCACACAGAGCCUGGGCUAUUUUACAUCCAGCCUCCUGGGCAGCCUUUUACUGUUAAUCAUCAGUAUUACUCAACUCCAGUGUGGACGUGAAAAAUGAGAGAUGCCUGCCAAUAAAGUACCCAGUCUCUUUACCCUAAUGUAACUGUUUAUUAAAGGCACAUUUCCGAGCUAACUACUCAUGCUGAACGUAGCUGGGCCUUCUACUUUUUCUUUGACAUAACAGCUGAGCUUGUAGUAUUUGUUCCAGAGGGCUGCACUAUGAAAUAUCAAGGCAUAGACUUGAGGAGAUGCUAAAACGUGUCUUAGCAUCAGUACCAGGAUUGGUGGUGCAUAUUAUGAAAAUCAGAUAAAUUAUCUCCCUCCCCUCCACUAAUGACAACUUGCAAGCUCCACAAUCUUCAAAAUUGUGAACAAAAAAUCAGUCCAGUUUCAGUUUAAAUUACCAGUUCAUUUCUCUUCUUCCAUGUGGCUUGGGGUUGUUCUGCACAACUUAAGAAAGCCAUCAACACAAAGUCCUUCAGAUCAUUUUGAAAAGAGUAUCUGGCGCCUUACUCCUAUUCUGUGUCCUAUGGAAUGGGGUGGAUUCGCCAUCACUUGAAGUCUUCAAAUCAAGGGACGAUGUCGUUCUAAAAAUAAUGCACUGUAGCCCAGCAACAAGAGAUGGGCUUGAAGCAGGAAGGACUGGGUGAAGUUUUUAUGUCCUGUGCUAAGCAGGAGGGCAAAUUAGAUGAUCACCAUGGGGCACUUCUGGUCUUAAAAUGUAUAUGCUGCAUAACCACUUGCCACACGGUAGAGGGGAGCCUGCGUUCCAACCUCUAUCACACUGAACACGCUUAGGAUUACGUUUCAUGUUUUACAGAGGAGAAUGGUCGUACCAGUACAAGUGUUUAAGAGAUUGUUGCUCUUUACCAAUCCUCAGCAGUUACUGACGCACUCCAGGCUCUAAAAGUUUGCAUCCCGACUCAUAAACAGGCUUACAGCUUAUGGAGAUCCCACAGUUCAUACUCAUCAAGUGAAAAAUGACCUGCCUGAGCUUGUGGUUUGGGCAGAGAGCCACUCUGAAACCUGCCAACAUGCACCAGCAAAAACAGCCCUCUCACAAAACUUAAUAAAAAAAAAGUCAUACGUGGCCACUGACUCAACUGCCUGCUUUUACCAACCUGCCAGUUACUUCAGUGCAGGAUGUGUAUUUGAGCCAAAUCAAGCAAAACACCUUGACAUUUGUGAGUCCACAGGAUUUGAAAAUACAUCACUGCUUGAAGCCAGCAUUCCAGCACAGAGUGAGUAUCUAGCUGACUGGAGCCGGUCAAGAAUUACGGAACAAGGAUGUUUUCCAGUUCUGGAGCAGCAUGGUGGCCAGAUUCCUAGCUCUGGCAGGAGUCGCCUGUGAUGCUUAGCAGUACCAGGCUACAGUGUGGGCGAUGAACCCUCCUUCUCAUCUUGUAAAAAUGUGCUUGGGGACAACAGACGCCGCCUAAAUGACAAGCUGUCUAGGUAUAACUUGUCAGACCAAAAUGGCAACACUUUGCAAAAGGGAUUGGACAAAAAUAACUGAUUUUUAGUAUAUAGCUUUUCAUUAUUUUUGGUUGAAAAAUGAUUGCACGAUAUGCAUAUGUAAACUCAACACAGUUUACUUUGAUAGGGCAAAGAAAAGAAGUGCAUUAAUGUUGUUGUGUGUAAAUGUUACUGUCAGACUUUGUUAAAGUGUCACAUUGUUUGUUGCUAUCACUACACCCUGAUUUUGUACAUUGUUGCCAUG